CAUAAUAAAACAUCCAAUUUCAUUGUUACAGAACAAUGACGGUGAAGAAGACUAACCGCAGCGGCGGUUUCGCUGCGUGCGUCGCGCGACAGAAGCUCCACAACAACAACCAGUUUGACAUCCUCACCAUCAAGCCAACCAACCCCACCACCUACAACAUCGUUGUCGGCUUCAACGAGAAAGACCAACUCCAACUCCUCGCAAAGGACGAUGAAUUCAUAAAAGAAUUCUCUGAACUCAAAAACAAAUACGAAAACAUCUCCAUCGACGACAUAACGAAUUGCGUCAACGUCGAAAACUACCCUAACUGCGAGAACACUCUAGUCUUUUACGUAACCAAAAACCUGACGAAUGAAGCGAUAGCCCUCAAAUUCGAAAACGAACAGGACUUCAAAAGGAUAUACUUCACGUAUAAAUAUUUCAAAAUGCGUAAUCGACUAACGAACAACGCCAACAAUUACGCGAGUAGCGAUAAUUUAUUUUCGAAAAAGAAAACGUACGAGAUAUUUAAGAAUAGGAAAAAUAGUAUCGACGAUUAUAGUUUCGAGAAAAGUCGGGCAGAGUUCGAUUUAAUGCAGACAACCGACAACGAUCUGACGUACAUGACGGUGCAGCAGAAGAAUUACAAUUCCCGGUUCGAUCAGCCGAUGAGUCUCAUAGACAUCAGGAGUGAAGAGCCGGACCAAAUCGACAGUGUCAUAUAUACUAACGUAGACAUACCAGCCAAACCUGAGAGGAAAAGGCUGUUCCAUAAAAAACCUAAAGCACCACCUCCUCCAGUACCUACAAACAAUAAAGAUAAUCAAACGAAAGUACUUAAAGGAGAAUUCGUUAGAGUGAACGUUGAAAGAGUUCCAGAUGUGGUUCCUAAGGAUAACAGACAGAGCAAAGUCCCUGAUAUCCUCAUGUUUAGAGAUAGUAAACCUAAGAAGAAUGGUGCCAGCAAUUUGUGGUCGGCCAGUAAUAAAGUGGCGACUGGGUACGAGUCAGACCGCGAAGAAUGGAGGAGCAGCCGCUCGCAGUUCUCCACCACCGCGUUCGACAGCCUCGCCCGCCCCACGAAGAUGGCCAUGGCGCUCACCCUCCGGAAACCCCCCAGGAUCGACCCCGUGCCCCAAUACUACCGGCUGGCCAGCGACCCCAAGCCUAAACUCACCCCUCUACCCUUCAGGCCUAACAACUUCCUCCAACGACCACCCAGGCUCCCUAGACCAACCACCGAAAUUAAAAGAAACAUCAACCUAACCACAGAUCAUCGCAAAUACGCGUCACUGCAGAACCUCGACUUACCCAUGAAGUUAAGCGAGAAGAGCAAAACCGAGCCGAAGAAAACCAACUAUUCCAACUUAUCACAUCGGAUCACGGGCUUAACCAACAAGCUGAGAGACUUAGGCAGUCCCAGCAAUUCUAUUGGAAGGUUUAAAGCUCAGUCACAUAAUGAUGUGGCUAAUUUGAAGCCAGUACUAAAGACUAGAGACGGCCAUGAUGGCUCAAAAAGGUCCGUAGUGAGGACCUGUAGUGCUGAACCACCAAAGAAAGUUACAUUCAGUGCUUUUGCCACAGUCCAAGUGGUUUAGUUCUUAGUUGUUUUGGUUACUCUGUAAGAAAUGGCUAGGCCGGGAUUUUUGUGUAAAUACAAUUGUAUAAAGUUUAUCUCCGCAAAUAGAACUUUUAAAAAUUUUGUAUUUUAGUCAAAAUUAUGUGUGUUAGAUGUGUCUUAACUUUAUCAUAGUUAUUUAUUAUUAUUUUAAAAUGUACUUUCUAUCUACUUAUUGUACCUACCUUACUUCAUACAGUGUGACUAUAUUGCACCGCUUUAUAUCAUUAUAUCUUUAGUUAUUUAUUGAUACGUCAUUGCACCUAUAUGUAUAAUACGUAUAAAAAUUAAUACAUGAUUGGCUCAGAAAUAGAAGAAGCAGAUUUUUUAAUAAGUUCUGGUGGCCCUAAAAUAUUAAAAUUAAUAAGCCCGGGCUACAUGGUGUCAUAACAUAUAAGCGUCAAAAUACUUCGACGUAUUUGCUCAAAUCUACAUCUUUGAAAAACAAAACACGUAUUUGAGAAAAUACUGCAGUGCGUAGCGCCACCACAUCGUGUUGAAUAGAAAUGCCACCAAUCUUUGUGAGAGAGAUUGCAGUCGGACCAUUUCGGAAGAAAUAAUGAAAAUGGAUUGUUAUUUAUGUAUUCUAUAAGAAUAUCUAUGAUAUAAGUAGCCAUAAUAAGUAUUUUACAACGUGAAUUGGUUUCUUAUCUUGUGUGAAUCCUAGUCGAUGCUUGCUUUUACAAAGUUUUCGGUGCAAAGACGUGGUUUGGAAGCUUGCUUUGUAUUUUAAAUUUUAUUACUGUGUGUGUAAUGUCAGUUUUCAAUGGCAUUAGGCGUGCGACUGACAUAAAGUGAAUUAAUAUUUUUGAAAUUCGAAUGGAGAGCUAUUGGAAGGUGCUGGUUAGCUGAGUUUAUCGCGCGAAGAAAAAGCUACACCUAUAUUCUUAUAUCAUGUUGACAAAUGACAAAACAUAUUAAAGGGUAAAUUUAGCACGUGAUAGACUUUGGCAUUCUUGGUGGUCAUUCAUAAAUUAUGUCACGGACAAGUCAGGUUUUGGUUUUUAAACUAUAUGUGAUGGCUGGGCGGGUCCAGAAACCAAAUUGUUUCAACACAAGAAGUACGCCACUUUUUUCGGUCUUCGGUAGUUUUUUAAAUAAUAUAUUUGCCCAGCGAACUUGUAACUAGAGUUAGACCAAGAUAGGUCCGCAACGAUUUUGAUAUCACACGCAGUGCAAGUACAACGUCAAUCUGCAUUGCGUGUGCUAUCAAAUUCGUUGCAGACUUAUCUUGGUCUAGCUCUAAACGUUUUUAAAGUCUGUUUAAGAAAUCUUGUCUAAGAAAUCCACUUGGCAGCACUCUUGACAACCGCAACUAUUAGGUAUAAAUGUAUUUUCGUAAGUCGCGGCAUUUAUGGCGGCUAUUUCUCACUGUCUCAACUCGUCACAUAGCUAGUUAGAUUAACUUCUACUUACCCUACAUCUAGAAAUAAUAUGGCGAAAAACUAGGACCCUUAGUGCCCUACUUUUAGAUACUGAUUGUUGACAUAGCCUAUGGAUGAAUUCACCUUUGCAUGACUGUGAUGGCACUGAAUAUAAGAGCUUUUGCUAUAAGUAAAAAGUCAUAAUAAUUACUAUUCGUAAUUAAUUCUAGAAUUAUGUAUAAAUAAAAUACUAAAUCUAUUUUCGCAAGUGUGCAUUAUUCUUCAUGUUUUCGUUUUAUUGUGUUUGAAUUGUUAAUUAAUUCUAGUAGGUAUUUUCUGAGACUUGUUUGAAACAAUAAAAGUGUUUUGUUAAUUUC